AUGCUGGUAGACAGUUAUCCACUACUCGGAACAACAAAAAACUAACCGUAAAAAAUAUGAACUUUACAGUGCGUAGGCUUUCCUAGGCUAAAUGUUGGCGUUUGCUUUCUCGAAGAUAUCACAGGCAACAACAGAGAAUAAAUGAAAUGGAAUUUCUGAUAAUUUUACUAGUUGCCGGACUUGCAAAUGGUAGCUUUGAUUACACUGGCAGGGCGACAAUGGAAGAAUUUAAAACUUUUCUUCAAGCAGGCAGCAAGAUAUAUUUGUAUUACAGAAGCUACUCUCGUCAAAUAAACGGUGGUGAUCCGAAAUGCAUUUAUAUUAACCACAUAACUAUCUUGAAUGCGACGACUUUCGCCUAUACAGAGGGUUAUAAGAAGCCCAGUGGGAGCUCCGUCGUUUACUCGGUACUUGCACGAAUAUCUAAAAACUACUCCGCGGACAGUCCUCCUGUGAUGAGAGCGACACGAAGCGGACUCCAGAGAAAAUAUCGGUUCGAGUAUUUUGACGCAAUGGCCGCAUGUGCUGUUAUUACUUUCAAUGAUGGCAAAUGCACAACAAAAUGCGAGCUCCACAUCUGGAGAGGAAACGUAGCAUCUGGACCUUCAGAAAACUGCAAAAGAGAAUACGAAUAUUCGUGCCCUGGGCGUAGAAUAUACCAAGUGUAUGAUAGCACGUGCUUGUAACAAUGAAAGAAUAACAGCUCUAAUUGAGCUUCUGGGACGGGUCAACGGCGCCUCCAUCCUUUCCCUUUGUUUAUUAUAUAUUUAGCGGCACGAUGUGUGGCAUAUCAGUUUAGGUUGAAAUCAAGUCACUGAUACUUGAGGGAGGCUCCAUACCACGUAUGUGAGGAUAGUAUGGGGUGAACUUAGCGUUGCUGACAAAUCACUGAUGCUCCAUGGAUACGUCAAUGACAAUCUUGACACUAAGUUGCUUCGAGAGACUAAAAGAGUGAUACUGAGGUACCCUUUGUAGCUUUGUUCCGAUUUAUGCAUUAGUUACAAACAAGCUUCUAUCAUCUGACCUGCACCACUGCCUGUCUGCAUUGGAUCAUUAAUGCCGAUCAUUGUCUGAGCUACUGUUGACUAACGACGAAGAACGAACGCCAACACAAAUCACUGAGGGUUGCUAGUAGUGAAAACUACUGGCGUAAACUAACAAUUUACCAACUCAGCCUUUUCUGCGGUGCCCCUAUAAAGCACCUCCAAUACUGGAACUGGGGAGGAACUUCUCUUCCAAAGUACCUUGCAGUCCCGCUUCAUUUUGAUUUGCGAUGUUCCAAAAUAGACAGAUUCUCGCUUGCAUUGUAGCGCAGUUCACUUAAUCCCUUACUAGUUUACGUAGGUUCAAUGCCGAAGAGUUUCAAUUUAUUGGAGGGUAACUACAGUAUUUUGCCUGUAAGCUUUACUAUCAGUUUCUUUAAUGCACCAAAGCUUACGUCUAUUACGCCUACCUCUCGAAACCAAUCAAGAAAACAAUUGGUUUCGCAGCUGAUUUUGUUCUUAAAAGAGCCCGGAUAGCUCUGCUGCUGAACGCACCGAUGCGAGUAUUUCAAAAGCAAUGACAAGCGCAUCAAAGGAAGCAGUGAUAUUUUAAAUACAUAUAAGCAUUGGUGUAUAUGUACACGCACCGACUUCUGUUAUAUAGUGCAAACACCUAGAUGAUUCAUAUUUGUUUUAAUAAUAAAUUCUUCUUUCACGA